AUGAGUAAUAAGAAAGCUCAAGGAGACAAACAAAAAUAUAGUGAUAAAUCAGAUCGGGCUACUACAGAACAAGUAUUAGAUCCACGUACAAGAAUUAUUUUAUUUAAAAUGAUUAAUCGUAAUAUAAUUUAUGAGAUAAACGGAUGUAUUAGUACUGGUAAAGAGGCUAAUGUAUAUCACGCAGUUACCGAAGACGGAACUAGUCGAGCCAUAAAAGUUUAUAAAACUUCAAUUCUUAUAUUUAAAGAUCGUGAUCGAUAUGUUACCGGAGAAUUUCGAUUUAGACAUGGGUAUAGCAAACAUAAUCCACGUAAAAUGGUAAAAUUAUGGGCUGAAAAAGAAAUGAGAAAUUUGAAAAGAUUAUGGCAAGCUGGAAUACCUUGUCCGGAACCUCUAGUAUUAAGAUUACAUGUGUUGGUAAUGAGUUUCUUAGGUGAUAAGAAUGGAUGGGCAUUUCCUCGAUUAAAAGAUGCAGUUAUUAAUUCUGAUAAAUACCCAGAAUUGUAUUAUCAAAUCAUAAAGAAUAUGAGAACAAUGUAUCACACUUGUCGUUUGGUUCACGCGGAUUUAAGUGAAUAUAAUCUUUUAUAUAAUGCGCGUACUUUAUAUAUAAUCGAUGUAUCACAAUCAGUAGAACAUGAUCAUCCUCACGCUCUAGAAUUUUUGAGAAAUGAUUGUACAAACAUUACUGAAUAUUUCAAAAAGAAAGGUGUGAGAAUAAUGAGUGUUAGAGAAUUAUUUGAUUUUAUCACUGAUGUUAAUAUUGGUAUGGAAGAUGAAAAAGUUGAAGCUGAAUUAGAUAAGAUUCAAGAACGUUUGGCUUCACAGCAAUCAAUGGAAACUUUAAAUGAAGAACAAUUACAAAAAGAAAAAGUUGAUGAAGAAGUUUUUAAACAGUCUUAUAUUCCAAGAACAUUGGGUGAAGUUAUAGACGCUGAACGAGAUACUAUAAAGGUUGCACAAGGUGAAGGUCUUUCGAUAGAUGACAAGUCAGAAAGUGAAGAUCACGGAGAUCACGAAGAUCACGGAGAUGAUGAAGAUCAUGAGGAUGAAGAAGAUCAAGAAUUCCAAUCUGAAAAGUAUAUAUUAAAAGAACAAGAUGAAAAGGAAUUAGAAGAUAAUCAAAUUGAGCAAGAUUCAAAUGAUGAGAAUGUAAACGAUCUAUUUGAAAAGCAAUCACGGGGAAAGAGGAAUGAAGACAAGGACGUUAAGAAGGAACGAAAAAAGUUAGCCAAAGAAGAAGCAAGGGAGAAAAGAAAGCAUAAAAUGCCUAAAGCUGAAAAGAAAAAGAAAAUUAAAGCUACUUCGGGGAGGAAAUCAAAAUAG